AAUAAAUCAUUUGUCGGCCCUAGCCAUGGCGACCCUGUUGAGAGGCAGUGUGAAAGGCAGCCUCAACCGCUUUCACUUGAACCAACUCUCGAGACAACCGAGCAGGUUGACUCAAUUCCAAGACGGCCUGGAGAUAGGCAAGAAGUGUUCAAACACUUUCGUCCCAGCUUGUGUAGGCAUUCUCUUCCUCAGCUUGCGCACCAAAGUGUCAAGACCACUCUGGCUGGUCACGAGGGGAUGUGGAAGCGUGAGUGUCAUCGAUGUCGACUCGUUCCCCUGGGCCUACGGUGUUGAUGCCGAGGUACCUCUCUCACCAAGGUAUUUGGCCAAUGAACUGGCCACUUGUUUAGUGAAUGCCGGAAAAGCUGCCGAGCACACUGAGGCCAUGCCCCUGGCCCACGAGCUUUUAAACAAUUUGUCCAAGGAAUUCGGAUAUAUCUUGGCUCUUGGCUCCAAAGAUCGAGCUGGAAGGCUAGAUGGGCUUAUGGAUUUGAGCUCACCUGAAGGUAACCCCUCUCGCGAGUUGAGAAGGCGAUUGCAUCAAGCGCUGGACAACAUGGUCAGAUGGUUUGCACAUGAUCCUGUAACACACUUGGCCGAUUUUAGUGUGGCAGACGCGCGCAGAUUCGCAGCUAGGGCAGUGAUUCGAAAGCGGCAGCUACGAAGCCUUUGCCAGAGCAGCGUCGCUUUUUCCACAAUCCCUCCAUCCUUGACGGGGGGUGAAGAAGCAAGUGUGGAUGCCGCGGCGGUGCAUGGUUUGAAGACAUGGAGCAAGGCAUUCAAGGAAUGGUGCUUUGAAACCAUACGGCAUUAUUUUCUUUUGGAUCGUGACUUGCGGACCAAAUGGCUCACUGGAAAGCGCGAAGAGAGAUUCAGAGUGACUGUGCUGACACAUCCCCUGCGACGAUUAGUUGAGGAGAGGCACGGCCAGAGCCUGCCCAGGCUUUCUGAAGAUGAUUGGGUUGUGGCAGUAUGCGAAGCCGCCGAAAGAGUUCUUGUUGAUCGCCCCCGGAUUCUCGAUGUGGGCAGUUGCACGAACUACUUUGGGCAACAUCAUGGAGAUGUCUUGGAGGUCACUGCAGUGGACCUGGCUCCAGGCCACUCGUCCGUUUUGGCAUGUGACUUUUUAGAGCUUCCUGUUGGUCCUCCAGACUCGGUCGAAAUGGAAGGCCCACUGGGUGGACUUCCCGCACGGCACUUUGAUGGUAUUGUUAUGGCUUUAUUCUUUUCAGUGUUGCCAAGUCCCCAAGCCAGAGGUGUGGCUACAGCAAAAGCCCGUCAACUCUUGAAGGAUUCUGGGCAAGGUCUUCUCAUUGUCGCAGACACUAAGGGAACAGUUGGACUGCACAGCAACGAAGCAGCCAGGAAAAGCGAAUGGGUGGCUGCAGUGGAAGCAAAUGGCUUUAAACUGGCAAGUGAUCCGCAAUUACACUUGUCCCAGGAGCAGGUCAAAGGGAGGAAUGGAUAUUGGCAGCGUGCCUUUUGCUGGUCUUUUUGGACAGAUUCGUCACAGGAAGUGCCCAGCAAGCCAGUUCCCAUCCCGGUGAUUAGUGACACGAGGAAGCACCGUACCUUGUCUCCUGAGAGGGUGCUUGCACGGCGCUUGCGCGAAGAAAAGCGACAAGCACGUGCGCGCAAAGCUGCGCUUUUGAAAGCUGCCAAGGCAAAAUGCGGAGCGGCACCGUGUGCGGGCAAAGUUCGCUGGAUGCUUCCCAAGGACUCUCCGAAGCAUGGCAGUGCCGCUUGUGUGCCAAGCAGUUUCUGCGAACCGGCAUGGAAGGAGCCAGCACCUUUGUGCUUCCGCUUGAGGAUGCGUGAGCGAGGUUCGAAGGACGGCCGACCUUGGGACGUCGAGGGUGUAUGGGUCAGCGCCUUCGGAGACUUUGACCAGCGGAAGUCCUCGACACCAGGGGCAGCUCGAGUACACAGCGUCAGAGCGCAAGACUGGUGCAGAGUGCCGCAAGAUGUUCAGAGUGCAGAGUUCUUGCUGCUUGAAUUCUUGCUGUACAUUUCUUGA